AUGGAUACUCGCCCAAAAGUGAUAUACCUCCCAGACACUAUGGUUAGCUGGCCCUGGCCACGUACCAUUAAUCCACAUUAUGAGAAUUUCAAAGCUGAAGUCGAUGCUUCGAUCAGUGAUUUCAAGGCUCAGCUGAGUCCUGAGUCACAGGUGGCAUUCAGUGAAUGCGACACUGAACGCCUUCGUAUCAGCUUUGAUUUGCUAAAUUCAAUCUUGUUUUUGGAGGAGUAUACCACAGUCGAGGACGGGGCAGUCAUCAAGGAAAUUGUGGAUAUCGUGAUUGAUGUCCUACACAAUCCUCAUAAGAUACGGCCGGAAGGCGAAUGCGUCCUUGGUGAAUUGGUGCGACAGUAUUGGGCUCGCGCAAUCCAAUCCGCAAGCCUGUCUUCUCAACGUCACUUCCUUGAAGCAUUUACUGCAUACCUUCAGGGAGUGGUUGGCGAGGCUCUUGACCGUAAACAAAGUCAUAGGCGCAGUUUCGAUGACUACUUGAAGCUCCGGCGGUGUACGAUCGGUUUAAAACCAUGUUUUUUCAUGUAUGAGAUGGGGAUGGACCUUCCUGAUGAAGUGUUCUACCAUCCCGCGAUCAUGGAUCUUAUUGAAUGUAUCACAGACUUAGUUCUGAUUGACAAUGACAUGAUUUCGUACAACAAAGAGCAAGCGGUUGGGGACGAAGACCAUAACAUGAUCAGUAUUAUCAUGUUGGAACUUGGCCUCGACAUAAGUGGUGCAAUGGCUUGGGCAGCGCGUUAUCACGCCAAGGUUCAGAAACGAUUCAUCGACGGUCGCGCAAACGUUCCUUCAUGGGGACCUUCCAUCGACGUCCUAGUCGAAGAGUAUCUCGAAGGGAUAGCAAUGUGUCCUCGAGCAAACCAUUCCUGGUGUUACGAAGUCCAGAGGUGCUUUAGCUCCAGGGGCCUGGAAAUACAGCAAACUGGGCUUGUCACGUUGUUACCAAGACACAACCGCGAAGCCGUGUGCAAAUAG